ACUGAAGAACAAUGGAUGCUGAUUUGUACGACGAGUUUGGGAAUUACAUUGGUCCGGAGCUGGACUCUGAUGAAGAUGACGAGGAAGAAGAUGAUGAUGAUUACCCCGACCAAGACCAGGACAUGAAUGGCUAUGAUGAUGACGAUGGAAUGGCAGGGGAAGAGGAGGUGUCUGCUCAGGCAGUUGUACUACACGAAGACAAGCAGUAUUACCCUAGUGCGGCAGAUGUAUAUGGGCCUGAGGUGGAAACCAUCGUUCAGGAAGAAGAUGCUCAGCCACUGACGCAGCCUAUAAUAAAGCCUGUGAAAGUGAAGAAAUUCAGCCAUGUUGAGAAGGAUCUGCCAACAACCACUUACAAUUUGGAAUUCUUAGCAGAUCUCAUGGACAAUCCAUGCUUAGUUCGCAAUGUCUCGCUGGUAGGCCACCUUCACCAUGGCAAAAGUACCUUUGUUGACUGUCUUAUUCAUCAGACCCAUCCUGAAUUCAGGAGCAAAGAUGAUGUACCUGUGCGGUACACUGACACACUUUUUACGGAAGGAGAACGGGGAUUAAGUAUCAAAGCCACACCAAUUACGCUGGUCAUGCAAGACGUCCGAAACAAGAGUUUUCUAAUGAAUAUCUUUGACACACCCGGUCACGUAAAUUUCUCAGAUGAAGUAACAGCAGCAAUGCGAUUAAGUGAUGGCGUGGUCUUGUUUGUGGAUGCUGCUGAAGGUGUGAUGCUUAAUACCCAACGUUUACUCAAACAUGCAGUACAAGAACGUCUUGCCAUUACCUUAUGUAUUAAUAAAAUAGACAGGCUUAUACUUGAAUUAAAAUUGCCGCCACAAGAUGCAUACUAUAAGUUAAGGCACAUUGUUGAGGAAGUCAAUUCUCUUCUUCAGCAAUACACUGACCAAGAGAAUCCCCAGACUAUAUCUCCACUGCUGGGCAAUGUUUGUUUUGCCAGCUCACAAUAUGCUCUGUGCUUUACUUUGAAAUCAUUUGCAAAACAGUAUGCACAACAGUUUGGCUAUGAUCUGCCACUAGAUGACUUUUCUAGGCGUCUCUGGGGUGAUAUUUACUUCAACCCUCGAACUAGAAAGUUUACAAAGAAGCCACCAACAUCCACCUCCCAAAGAAGUUUUGUAGAAUUCAUUUUGGAGCCACUCUACAAGAUCUUAGCACACAUUGUUGGUGAUGUUGAUUCCCAUUUGGUUUCCUUGAUGGAUGAACUAGGAAUUCACAUGAGCAAAGAGGAACAGAGAAUGAACAUUAGACCUCUUCUUAAACUCUUCAUGACCAGAUUCAUUGGGUCUUUCGAUGGAUUCGUCGACAUGUGCGUCAAUCACAUCCCAUCUCCUCAAGCUUAUGGUAAGCAGAAAGUAGAAACCACAUACACUGGGCCUCUGGAGAGUGAAUUAGCUGAGAGUAUGAUACAGUGUGAUCCUGAGGGACCCCUUGUAGUUCAUACAACCAAACAAUAUCCAAACGAAGAUGCUACAGCUUUCCAUGUGUUUGGACGUGUUCUUUCAGGAACUCUGCAUGCAAAUCAGGAUGUGAGAGUCCUGGGAGAAAAAUAUACCCUAGUUGACGAAGAAGACUCGCGUAUUUUAACAGUGGGUAGGCUGUGGGUUUAUGAAGGCCGGUAUAACAUUGAAGUAAAUGCUGUUCCAGCUGGAAACUGGGUUUUAAUUGAGGGUAUAGAUGAACCUAUUGUUAAGACUGCUACCAUCACUGAUUUGCCACCAAGCAGUGAGCUUCACAUUUUUAGGCCGUUAAAAUUCAACACUCAUUCUGUUAUCAAGAUAGCUGUGGAACCUGUCAACCCAUCUGAAUUGCCAAAAAUGUUGGAUGGCUUAAGGAAAGUCAACAAAUCAUAUCCAUUGCUAAGUAAUAAAGUUGAAGAAUCUGGAGAGCACAUCAUUCUUGGGACAGGAGAGCUGUACCUCGACUGUGUGAUGCACGAUUUACGUAAAAUGUAUUCUGAGAUUGACAUUAAAGUUGCCGAUCCAGUGGUCAGUUUUUGUGAAACUGUUGUUGACACUUCAUCUCUUAAGUGUUUUGCCGAGACCCCAAAUAAAAGAAAUAAAAUCACCAUGAUUGCCGAGCCUCUCGAGAGAGGGCUUGCUGAAGAUAUUGAAGGUGAAGUGGUUCAGAUUAACUGGGACAGGAGGAGACUGGGAGAAUUUUUCCAGACUCGUUAUGACUGGGAUGUGUUGGCUGCUCGUUCCAUUUGGGCAUUUGGUCCAGAUCACAGUGGUCCAAAUAUUCUUGUGGAUGACACGUUACCUUCAGAGGUAGACAAAAAUCUUCUUUCAUCUGUUAAGGAUUCUAUAGUACAAGGUUUUCAGUGGGGUACACGAGAAGGACCAUUAUGUGAAGAACCCAUCAGAAAUUGUAAAUUCAAGAUUCUAGAUGCAGUUAUUGCAGAGGAACCAUUACACAGAGGUGGAGGCCAGGUUAUUCCAACUGCAAGACGAGUUGCCUAUUCUGCGUUCUUAAUGGCCACGCCCCGUCUGAUGGAACCUUACUACUUUGUUGAAAUUCAGGCACCAGCUGAUUGCGUCUCAUCAGUUUACACAGUCCUAACGAAGAGACGUGGACACGUCACUCAAGAUGCUCCAGUUGCAGGAUCACCUUUGUAUACCAUCAAAGCUUUCAUUCCAGCAAUUGACUCCUUUGGUUUUGAAACAGACUUACGAAUGCACACACAAGGACAAGCCUUUUGUCUUAGUGUCUUUCAUCACUGGCAGAUUGUUCCAGGUGAUCCAUUAGACAAGAGUAUACAGAUUCGCCCUCUAGAACCUCAGCCUGCCACACACUUGGCUCGAGAGUUCAUGAUUAAGACACGACGCCGAAAGGGCCUGUCAGAAGAUGUAUCUAUCAACAAGUUCUUCGACGACCCUAUGUUGUUGGAACUGGCCAGACAAGAUGUCACUCUGAAUUAUGCUUAAGGUUUUUUAUAGAGUAUAAGUACUAUAAUAUGUUUUUGUAAAUUAUAUUUGUAUAUCUUUUGAGAAAAAAGAAAAAAUGUCAAGUACCACGUUCAUUAUGUUGUACUUUUAGAAAGAUUAAAUGAUAAUUGAAAA